AGGAGCGCGCAACGAGAGGGAGGAAGAAGAAAAAAACGUCCCAGCACGCUGGCGGAACGGGGUCACGAACUAUGACCUUUCACAGAUGAGAAACAUAAACAAAUACUUUUCAUAAACCCGACUUCCAAAUUCUACGUUGUUUAAUCUUACAGAUGUGGCUGGAAAUAUCGCCACUCCUACACAACUCAUGACACUACAUCACCAUGACAACCAACAUGGAGGUGCUCACUCAGCAGAUAGUGGCCACUGAUCAGGUUACUGAGGUACAGACGUCUCCCUCGGAUUCCUCCGUUAUGAGUGACUCCCCACAACGUAUCCAGAUCAUCUCCACUGACUCUACAGUCAGUACACCUCAACGCAUACAGAUUGUGACUGACCAGCAAACAGGUCAGAAGAUCCAGAUAGUGACCACUGUGGACCCUACAUGCAGCCCCAAGCAGCAGUUUAUCCUGACAGCGCCUGAUGGCACAGGGGCCAGUAAAGUCAUCCUGGCAUCGCCGGAGAGCCAGAACGCUAAACAGCUCAUCUUCACCACUGCAGACAGCCUGAUGCCCGGCAGAAUACAGAUAGUGGCAGAUGCCGUGUCAGUGGAGAGGCUGCUGGCAAAGGCAGGAGACAUGGGCCGGCCGCAGCCUGUGGAGUACUGUGUGGUCUGUGGAGACAAGGCCUCAGGGAGGCAUUAUGGGGCAGUGAGCUGUGAGGGCUGUAAGGGUUUCUUCAAGCGGAGUGUCCGAAAGAACCUGACCUACAGUUGCCGCAGCAACCAGGACUGCGUUGUCAACAAGCACCACCGAAACCGCUGUCAGUUCUGCCGUCUCAGGAAGUGCCUGGAGAUGGGCAUGAAAAUGGAGUCUGUGCAGAGUGAGAGGAAGCCAGUGGAUCUUCCGAGAGAAAAGCCGGCCAACUGUGCUGCCUCCACAGAGAAGAUUUAUAUCCGGAAAGAUCUGCGGAGUCCACUCAUCGCCACGCCAACCUUCAUCACUGACAAGGAUGGCUCACGUUCAGGUGUGCUGGACCCCGGUAUGCUGGUGAACAUCCAGCAGCCUCUUAUUCAGGCUGAUGGCACGCUGCUCCUGGCCACUGACCCCAAGGCAGAGUCCAAUCAGGGGGACCUGGGAACACUGGCCAGUGUUGUGACGUCACUUGCAAACCUGAACGAAUCACUCAACAAUGGAGAUUCUGCCGACUCACCGCAAGAGGAUCAGUCUAGUGAAAUCACACGUGCCUUUGACACGCUGGCUAAAGCUCUGAACCCCAGUGAGGCUGGAGGGGGGCAGAGCCUGGGGGAGGCGGAUUGUGUGGGCGGAGCCACCAUUCAGGUGAUCAGCCGGGACCAGGUGACACCCAUCAUCGAGGUGGAGGGGCCCCUGCUCACGGACACCCACGUCAGCUUCAAGUUGACGAUGCCCAGUCCAAUGCCAGAGUAUCUGAAUGUUCACUACAUCUGUGAGUCUGCGUCCCGCCUGCUUUUCCUCUCUAUGCACUGGGCACGCUCCAUACCAGCAUUUCUCGCUCUUGGACAGGAGUGUCACACAGCGCUGGUGCGAGCGUGUUGGAACGAGCUCUUCACGUUGGGCCUGGCACAGUGCUCACAGGUCAUGAAUCUCUCCACCAUCCUGGCAGCAAUCGUCAACCACCUACAGUCCAGCAUCCAGGAUGAGAAGCUGUCUGGCGACCGCAUCAAGCUGGUGAUGGAGCACAUCUGGAAGCUGCAGGAGUUCUGUAACAGCAUGGCCAAGCUGGAGACGGAUGGCUAUGAGUACGCCUACCUCAAAGCCAUUGUGCUCUUCAGUCCAGACCACCCCGGCUUGAGCAACUGUAGCCAGAUAGAGAAGUUUCAGGAGAAAGCUCAGAUGGAGUUGCAGGACUAUGUGCAGAAGACCUACCCAGAGGACACAUACAGGUUAGCUCGAAUCCUGAUGCGUCUCCCUGCUCUGCGGCUCAUGAGUUCCAGCAUCACGGAGGAGCUCUUUUUCACAGGGCUGAUUGGCAACGUGCCCAUCGACAGCAUCAUCCCCUACAUCCUCAAGAUGGAGACCGCCGACUACAACAGCCAAAUCACAGGCUCCAGUGCAUGACCCUCGUGAUCCCCAGGUCACUCUUGGGACCUCCCUCUGAACCCACUGGCCUUAAAAUGCUUCAGUCCCACAAACCCCGCUCUCCCUCAUUCCGAACAGUGACCUACAUUUCAUAUACGUAUUUCUUUUUUUUUUUUUUUCUUUCUUUUUUUUAGGUGGAUGAAUUUCUGUCUGAUGUAAACACAUUCGGAAAUUUGUACGGUAAUUAUGCUUUAUCUCAAUAGGCCAUUUUGAAGGCGUUUGUCUAAAGCCCUGGCGCUCGGCCUGAAUGUUCACUCGGAGAGAUGCGUCACGCUUCGUUUCAUGUCCCGGAGCGCCGUGUUCCAGGAGCGCGACGCAAUCGCUCCGCUCCGCUCCCUCUCUGGGACUCUCGCGGCUGGGAGUCCGAGCCGCAGCUGAGGCCAACGCCAGCACUUCGUUUUCUACGCUUCGUAGGACAAGCACUUACAUCCCAAGCAUUUAUAGAAGACAUUCAUGGAAGCCUUUUGUUCGUGUUUCCCCCUCCCCCUGCACAUAUGCCUUUUUUGUUUUUUAACGUCUGGCUGGUUGAGGAUAUCCUCUUGCCUUCUGUUUGCUACUCUGCCCACGGUCAGCCGACUGGGACCCCGUGACACGUGAACAAUCCCUCUGUCUGGAUAAUCGGAGUCUCGAUGAAUGUCUCCACAAGACGUCCUCUUGGACUUGGUCUGCUUAGAUCAACUGAUCAUCAUAGGAUCAUCAAAUGUCUUUGAUGCUGGCACUGCUGAAUAUAAUGUGGGUGGGUCUGUGCAGCUGUCGCUCUUUUAGUCAGGUACAGCUGUCAGUUACUGCUCAGAUAACGUUUCGAUUCCAUACAGCAAUUCUUUUUCAAACUCUAAAGCCAUUUUAGUCUGUACGAUAACGGAUCACCAAAAGCCUAUUCAUAUCACCACAUAGAAGCCUGUUGUUGCAGUAGCUCCCUUACUUUCCCUGACAACUUCAACAAAAAAGUUGAAACCGAGAUAGCCCUCUCAUUUGGUGUUGAGAUGUGGCAUCAUAAGGACUUCAUGUGAAUGAGUCGUGGUCAGUAACACCAGAGGUCUGAGUAUGAGUGCACUGAGCCACCAUAGAUGGACAUGAUCAGCAAGGCAGAUAGUUCCACAAAUGUGGAGGACUGGCUCCUCCUGUUCGAUGGGUGAGAGCCUAACAUCCACAUAGCCUCAGUACUCUGUUGUCAUGACAAUCAUGUAGUCAAUCUUCUGUUAGAUUUCAUUUUGUCUCUCGUGGUGCCCAUAUCCUCAGUCUGCCUGUGUGUGUGUGUGUGUGUGUGUGUGUGUGUGUGUGUGUGUGUGUGUGAGAGAGAGAUUGUGUGUGUUUGUUUGUGUGUGUGUGUGUGUGUGUGUGUGUGUGUGUGUGUGUGUGUGUGUGUGUGUGUGUGUGUGUGUGUGAGAGAGGGAGAGAGAGAGUGAGAGACAGAGAAAUUGAGUCUUCUUUCUUUUUCUCUGUUAUCUCUGAGUAUGUUGCAGCUCUUAGUUGUUUACAAAUGUUGCCAUCAUUUCCCCUCAGACUUCAUCUCUCAUUGUCUCCUGGAGGAGGUCUCCUCCUGCAGAGCUUUUUGUUACCCCCCCCCCCCCCCCGCCAGAUCCAAAUGAGUGGCCAUAAGUCAUCACUCAGUCCUAUUUGCAUGUCGGCAUAUUUUAUGUGGUCAUGAAAGCAUAUGCUGACUGAGGAGGUUUCAGAACUGAUAUCUAGCUUCGGCAUCCCAUGUCCUAGCAGUCUGAUGUAGCCCAAUCAAAAGUGUACUAUAAGUACAGCUGUGUGCACUUAUGUUCGAGGUGGACCUGCGAACACAAAACUUGUUUAAUAAUUUAUAGAAGAAAGAUUAUGUAUGGUUAGACUAAAAAACUUUAAAAUAUGUCUUAAUUUGAAUAUUAAUUGUACAUUGAAUAUUACUUUAAUCUUUGGGGUUAAAGAUCUGUUGAAGACUGUUUAUGAAUAGAUUGUUCUGUGAAAUGCGCUUUUUAUGUAAUUUCAUAAAUAUGAGUGCAUGUUUUUGUUAAUCUGGAGCUUUUAUACGCCAUAUUAUCAGGCUGUCAGACAAUGAGCAGUGUUGUUUUUAUUUUGUAAAUAGUGCAUUGCGAUGCAUGGACUAGCUUAUGCAUUUUAUGAAAUGCUGUGAAACGUGGUCAAAUGUGUGCUCCACUAUGAUCGCCUCUGUAAUUAAAUGAUGUAAAUGCAGUCUCUGUUUUUCAUUUGUUUAUUCCCAGAUGGGUUUCUAUACCUUACCAUCAUUACUAAUAUAAUUGUUUGGGUGGGAUCCAGUCUUGUCUACAAGUAAAAUAAAUUAUAUUUUACAAGUGAGACAGGUAUUUAAUCCAGGUUUAAGUCCGGUAUAAAUUGGUGUCUUGAGAGAGCUGUCCACUGUCCAUGUUGUUGAGUAAUUGUUUUACAGUGUUUUGGUUUGAUAUUACAUUAAUGUAUGUAUAAAAUUUCCUUGUGAGCUCUGUCUUUA